AAAAAUCUGUAAUUCAAAUCUGUUAUUGUACGUGUUUAUGAAAUGCGUGAUAAUAAAGACAAUAAUGUAAUGCAUGAAGUAAGAUGAACAGCCCUUUUCCUUAAAUUCUUGGAUGUGUCUUGCUGUAUUUGAUAACAAAUAAACGGAUUUAUACAUCGCAGAAUGUGUUUACCCUGAAAUCAAUUUCUUUUUCCGACAGGUAUCUUUGAUCGAUUCUCUGUAACCGUAGCCUGCAAGCUUUGGCAAUAAUUGUGAUAGCGCACGUUAAUUACCAAUAACAGCAGGCGGGAUUCUGUGGUUGGAUGGGGUACAUGACUGGGUACAAAACAUCGAAGAUCCUACGAAUAUGAUUAAUACAACUGUAGUGUGUUCUAACAAAUAGGACAGGUUAGGAUGAAUAAGUUAACCUAAGAUGAUCAAUGUCUAAUGUUCAAAAUGGAAGCACGGAUUCAUUCAUGGAUACUUUUGAUGUUUAUGUACAUAACUAAGAACAAAGAAUCAGAAUGUGCCACAAUUAUCAACGAAGACAUAGGAAACUUAUCCUGCCAUAAAUGCGAAGAGACAUUCAAACAGUGGGACCCCUACACGAUCUGUCAGAUACAACCUAACAACACCCCGAAAAUACCCUGUCUCAAGUCAGAGCCCUACUGCAUGGUGGAGCGAAUUUCUGUAAUGGGCCUGACGACCAGUAUCAAACGAGAGUGUGCUGCUGAAUGCUACUACGGUUGUAGAUCAAAGAACUUUGGGGUAACCACUGUUUCCUGCACGUCAUGUUGCCAGACACCCGGAUGUAACACUGGCAAUUCAGCGGAAGAUUUAAACAGAUCAAAGUGUGGUCUUAUUACACCUUUUUUAAUUAUAUUUUCAUUACAAUGUUUUCUGAAUUAACUGCAUAAUUUUUUCUGGAAUGUGUUAUUACUUGUUUAUGU